CGACAACCUCGUACUCGGCCCCAUGGCAUGUCUUGUCUUAUUUAAGAGGCCAUGCCACGCCCAUGCCCCCAGCCCUCAGCGUUGCAAACCUCAAAAGCUCGACUCUCAGCCUAGUCCUCGAGACUAUUUCCUCUCGUUCAUACCUGACCUAAACCCAUAACGUUACCGCCCACUCAUCCCUCCACUCGUUCAACACCCAGUCCCUGUCGUUCACACUGCCCAAAUACAAUCCCUACCAUCAACCUCACCUCCAUCCAACCCAAUCGCCCCCAAAAAUAUCCACAAUGGGCGAAGGCCAAGAAUGGACCAACGGCUUCUGGGACUGUUGCUCCCCAUGCAAGAUCUGCUGCCUCGCCUUCUGGUGCCCCUGCUGCCUCUUCGGCCGCACCGCCUCGCGACUCAAGGACCCCGCGCUGAAAGAGCAUGGCUCGAUGAAUGGUGAUUGCUGCCUCUACUGCCUAGUCGGCUACUGCGGACUGGGCUUCAUCCCGCUGAUGAUGAAGCGGGGCAAGCUGCGCGAGAAGUUCCAGCUCGAGGGGUCCGGGUGCGGCGACUGCUUCAAGUCGUUCUGCUGCCCGUGCUGCACGCUGAUGCAGAACGAGAAGGAGGCCGAGAGCCGCGCCGGCCUGCUGGAGAAGGGCGGGUAUCAGGCUCCUGCGGGGAUGGAGUAUAAAUGAUUUUGCGUUCUGCCAGUGGUUGCUGUAGGGGGUUGAGCUGAUGGUUCUAUUUUAUGUUAACUAUUUCUUGUACUUAAUUUGAUUGCCUGGGGGCGGUGGGAUGGUUUUUGGUUUUGAUGGUUUUGAUGGCUUUGAUGGCUUUGGAAGCGUUGGGGUUGGGUUAUCUUACCUUUCUUUAUUGUGGCUGCGGUGGGUCAAAUUGUUGAAUGGGUGGUUCGGUCCAAGGCUUUGGAGGUUGACAGUACUUGCCACCCUUUACUCAUACAACACCCUAGGGUGAAGGCUGAACUUAACAAACAAUACAUUUUGAUAUAGCGAC